GAGGGACGCCGCAGGAAGCCUUACUGUCACUCGCCAUGUGGAGCACAACGGACUACGCUCCACCCCGCGAAGGUGGUCGGCAGCGGGUCCGGGGGUUUAAAGUGUCGAGUACAGGCAAAGACUCCAGUGCAGAGAGAUGGCAAAGUCGAGGAUUUCUCGAGGAGGACGGAGCGAGCGGCAUGGACUUGGCGGCUGGAGAUGGUUAUCUGGGCGGCGAGAAGCAAGUACACAAAGGCUUCUACAAUAACUUUGGAGACAUCUUCAACCUGCGCGAUCUCUCCUAGGAUGACAAUUUCCAGAGCAUACAGCGGAGGUGCCCGAAAGCUGCCCCUGAAUGCAUGCACGGCCACCACGAGGACGUGGGCAGAGGCCAGCAAGGAAAGGUGAGGAUGGCCCGAUGCGAGCUCAGCGACUUCGAUGCAUCACGGGCAGGGGUUUGGGUUCUAUUGCGGAAUAUAGUAUGUCACGGACGCGCAUGCUUCGUAUGAAGGAAAAGACUACGGUGCAGCGUGCACACCUCCCUGGAAACCUAUGGGAGAGGGCGCCGAAUAGAGCACAGCCCCAGCACCAAAGAAUGAGUCACGGAGGAGGCCAGUACGACAAAGA